AUGGCAUCAACAGCGCCCCCAGAAAUUCUACAAGAAAUAUUUCUUCAGCUAACAUACAACGCUGACGGCAACUUUUACACGUCCGAUCUUCAUUCUUGCAUUCUGGUGAACCGACAAUGGUGCGCAUCAGCGAUAGCGCUUCUCUGGUCGGAACCAUUUGGAUCAUCCGCCACGCUCAAAAACAAGCGUUACGAGUCAUUAAUCGAGGUGUACCUCCUCUUUCUGCCGCUGGCAACACUCGCAAAGCUUUUGCCACAGACGGUUCUACGUCGAUAUCGAAGGUGCCCACCGCCGAAGUUCGAGUAUCCGCAUUUCGCAAAGCAUAUUAAUUUCGAUGGAAUGUACAAGACGGUGGAGAAAUGGUGUAGUAAACGGUAUUUAUCAGUCGCGUAUAUGGAGAAAAUUUAUUGGGCCUUGUUUGAGGUUAUGCGACGGUCGGGCGCAUGUAUCGUGGCGUUGACUUGUCAUGUGUCUGCUUACCCAAGAGAUGUGCCUCAGUUUUUGUUGAAAAGCGACGAUGGGUUCCAGGAAUGGCUGGCUUCGGUUCGAACGUGUUGUUUGGUGUGUGAUACUAGUUCACAGACAGCGAUAUUGUUUGAUGCGCUGCCAGAGUUAUCAGUUGGCGUGGUGAGUUAUCUUUUGAAAUUAAUUCUCCGAUUAGAAUUCAUAAAAACUUAUCUCAAAUCUUAUUCGUAUCCCCAUAAACAGGAAGUACUACACCUGAUAAUGUACGAUCCAGAUGUGCACAGCAAUCGAACCCUCUUUCCAAAACAUAUGGGCCGAUUUCGACGUCUCCAAAAGCUCACACUGCAUCGCCUCUCCAAAGAAUGCGAAGUCUAUCUAACCGCUUACCACUACAACUAUGAAUGGGAUUUCUUCCUCGAAAUCGCCAAUCUUCUCCUGGUCGCCAAUAUCCAUUUACCCAAAGAACUACUAUUCUCCAACAAACUUGUUGAAGUUGUAUUUCGUCGUUGUCGAGGGUUUAGUCAUACUGCUGUGCAACAAGUUCUCGUCACAUCAUUUCCAAAGUUGCGAAAGGUUACGGUAAUUGAUUGUGAGGAUGCGUGUCAGGAAUUUGUUAGGUGGGCAGAUGAGAUUAAUCAACGUGCUAUAUCGUCUAAUGACGGGGCAGGCGCUAAACAGAAUAUGGUGAAAAAUUGA